GAAGAAGUGCAGACACUCGCCCUGGCCCCUCCGUCCUGAAAAGCAGACUCACGCAAACAGCAGCAAACAGCGCGACAGAGUCCCAAGUUGCCGCCGCCUAACUUUCCUAGGCCGGAAGCAGCGUGGAGGCGUUGCCGGAAGUGGAGACCGAGGGCGGCGGAAGGGACAUUUGAUGUGGAGCGGUUGGGCGGGGGGGGCAGCUGCGGAAUUCGAAGCCUGUGGUGCCCGCCGUCCCUCCCAUUCCCCAUCUAGUAACUCUCAAGCUCAGCCCACGUAUCUCCCUGAGUGGAAUCUUGGGCCCCAGACCAAUCGAUUGGGCGGUCAGCCCUCCCCUUCAGCGGCUUGGUCUGUGUUUGGAAAGUUGCCCCGACAACAGCCACUUCCGGGAGGGGGCUCCGCUAAUCCCGUUCAGCCGGUCCGGUCAGAAUCGGCUGCCCUCUCGGGCUGUAUGGAUAGUUGCCCCGGCAGUAGCUACGUACGGGCGUAGAUUGCUGGGCCUCCGCACACCCCAGCCUUCCCCAUUCGGGUUCAGAGCUUGAACUGGCAGCUCCUCUCUGUUUCACUGUUGCUCCUAGCAACAGCUACUUCCGGGCGUGAGUGCAGUUUCCCUCGCACACCGCGGACGCAGGAGCCUGAGGUUCCGGCCUCUGAGCGGCGGUUAGUGCGUCGUGGCUGCUCGCGACCCAGCGACCCUCGGCCGGCCGGACCCGCGGGCCACGUAACUCGGCCCUUCUCACCGCCUCAGCGCCGCUGCGGGACAGCCAUGGUUCUGCUGCACGUGAAGCGGGGCGACGACAGCCAAUUCCUGCUGCAGGCGCCUGGGAGCACCGAGCUGGAGGAGCUCACGGUGCAAGUGGCCCGGGUCUACAAUGGGCGACUCAAGGUGCAGCGCCUCUGCUCAGAAAUGGAAGAAUUAGCAGAACAUGGCAUUUUUCUCCCUCCUAAUAUGCAAGGACUGACCGAUGAUCAGAUUGAAGAGUUGAAAUUAAAGGAUGAGUGGGGUGAAAAAUGUGUACCCAGCGGCGGUGCUGUAUUUAAAAAGGAUGAUAUUGGACGAAGGAAUGGACAAGCUCCAAAUGAGAAAAUGAAGCAAGUGUUAAAGAAGACUAUAGAAGAAGCCAAAGCAAUCAUAUCUAAGAAACAAGUGGAAGCCGGUGUCUGUGUUACCAUGGAGAUGGUGAAGGAUGCCUUGGACCAGCUUCGAGGCGCAGUGAUGAUUGUUUAUCCCAUGGGGUUGCCACCGUAUGAUCCCAUCCAGAUGGAGUUUGAAAAUAAGGAAGAUUUGUCGGGAACGCAAGCAGGGCUCAGCGUCAUUAAAGAGUCAGAGGCGCAGCUAUGGUGGGCAGCCAAGGAGCUGAGAAGAACAAAGAAGCUUUCAGACUACGUGGGGAAAAAUGAAAAAACCAAAAUUAUCGCCAAGAUUCAGCAAAGAGGACACGGCGCUCCAGCCCGAGAGCCCAUCAUCAGCAGCGAGGAGCAGAAGCAGCUGAUGCUGUACUAUCACAGGAGGCAAGAAGAGCUCAAGAGAUUAGAAGAAAAUGAUGACGACGCCUGUUUAAACUCUCCAUGGGCGGAUAACACUGCUUUGAAAAGACAUUUUCAUGGAGUAAAAGACAUAAAGUGGAGACCAAGAUGAAGUUCACCAGCUGAUGACGCUUCUGAAAAGAUGUUAAAUCUAGUUUUCUUUUAGUGUGAAUUUUUUAAAUGGCAGUUAUUCAAGGUUUUAGAACUUAAUAAAUGCAUAGUCAGAAGAAAAUGUGUAAAUCAUUUUUGUUUCAUGUCAGCUAUUUAGUAUGUGAGGGUUUUCUCUGACAAAAUACUAAACCUUCUUUUUCUUCCUGAUUGUUUUGUAUUCUCAUGACAACUGGUUGUAUUGGAGGAAAGCUGAUGACCAGCAGUGACCACUAGAGGCCGCCAGCCACUCAGCGUGCCUUUUUCUCUGGGCCCUCUUUGUAGAUCUAUUGGAAGCCGGACUCCCAGCCUUGCUGGAGAGACUUCUCUAACCCUGCUGCAGGGUCUAACCGUAGCCAGGCGUCUCCCAGUCUUGAAGAUGAAGUUUGCCUCCUAGCUGAUGCCUGUCAGGGCUUGUAUUCUGGGAGGGAAAGCUACAACUGUGAUGGAAGUUGAGUAGCAAACUCAUCCAACCUUGAAACAAAUUCGUCUGUAGUUUCCUUCAUCAGAAUAGAUCUUCUCAAGUCUCCUUCAUCAGGAUAGAUCCUGAAAACAAAUCUAGAUUCCGUAAAGGGUGAUGAUGUCCCCCUGUGGAUGCAGGUAUGACUGUAGGCACAGCUUCAUAGGCAGCUCAGUGACCAACCGUGGGAUGAACGGGGUUGCCAUCAUCCUGGGUUUCUAGGAUGCCUUUGAGUUUAAAGACUAACUCAUCAUCACUGUAAACCAUCCAAGUAGCCUGAAAACUCUGGCACUUUAGCAUCCACGAGACGCCUGUCAGACCGCCUGUGACAACCAGAAGUGGCCCAGACGUUUCCUCAUGCUUGACUUUUGGUGCCUAGGGUCCUGUUCCCCUGGUUAAAGGGAACUUGGUGUGUACGCACUGAGAGAAAGUGGAGGGCGUGGGGCAUCUCCCUGCUCGGGCCUUCCUGCCUUGGUGCCUGUGCUCCCCACCAUCCUGUAAAGACGAACCCUGGGAGCAAGUGGAGGGGGCAUGGGUAUGGGUCCCGCUUGCUGCCAGGCAGUCUUGCCCGGGGCGUGGGGUCCCAGACCUGAUAGCAAAGCCCCGUUCUCUAAAGUGCAUGUAGCUGACUGCAUCUUCUGCCUUACUCUUUUAUUUUCAAAUUUUGUAAAAGCAAAUUUGCAUCUAUUUUCCUUUUUACUCAGUUAUAGUUUUAAAUGUCUCUAUGAAAGAGUUUUGACCUUGGGUGAUGUAGUGUAUGCAAUAAGAUGGUGUGAUUUUAUUUCAGAAACAUUC